AGAAAAUAUAAUUAAGAGAAAUGCGUAAAUACAAUUUAUUAAAAUCCUUGUUCACUAAACCAAUUAGGUCAUUUGCAUCAGAGAAAUUUGUGCCAUUCAAUUUUAAGGACCCCUUAAAUUUAGAAAGUUAGCUCACAAGCGAGGAGAAGCUGGUAAAUCAUAUUAUCAUACUUUAGAUUCGAGAUUAAGCAGCAAAUUAUGCACAAUCAGAGUUGCAGCCAAGAAUCUAAGAAGCUUUUCGUAAAGAACAUUUUGACCCUCAAAUAUAUAAGGAGAUGGGGAAAUUGGGAUUCUUGGGGUGCACAAUUUCAGAAUAUGAUCUUUCUGGGGUUUCAUAUACUGCAUAUGGUUUAAUAAACAAGGAGAUUGAGCGAGUAGAUUCUGGUUAUAGGUCUGCUCUUUCAGUGUAAAGUUCUUUAGUGAUACAUCCAAUAUAUCAGUUUGGAUCGAAGGAAAUUAAAGAUAAAUACAUUCCAAAAUUAGCAAGUGGAGAAUAUGUGGGUGCUUUUGGUUUAACUGAACCAGAUCAUGGUAUGUUAAUAUAGUAAUUCAUUUUAUAGGUUCUGAUCCUGGAUCUAUGAAAUCUCAUGCAAAGAAGAAGGAUAAUUAUUAUAUAUUGAAUGGUACGAAGAGUUGGAUAACAAAUUCGCCAAUAGCUGAUGUAUUUGUGGUUUGGGCAAAGGAUGAAAAGGGAGACAUAAGAGGAUUUGUAUUAGAGAAGGGAAUGAAAGGUUUGUCUACACCAAAGAUUGAAGGAAAGUUAUCAUUAAGAUCUUCAAUAACUGGGUAGAUUAUUAUGGACAAUGUGAAAGUCCCUUAAGAAAAUAUGUUUACUACUGUAAAGGGAUUGAAAGGUCCAUUUUCCUGUUUGAAUAAUGCCAGAUUCGGAAUUGCAUGGGGAACUUUGGGAGCAGCUGAAUUCUGUUUUCAUCAUACUCGUCAGUAUGCUUUGGAUAGAAAGUAAUUUGAUGCAAAUUUGGCUUCGUUCCAAUUGAUUUAGAAGAAGUUUGCUGAAAUGACGACUGAUAUUGCCUUGGCCUAAUAAGCAGUUUUAUAAGUGAGCAGAUUGAAGGAGAAUGAUUAAUUAGCAACAGAAUAGGUGUCAUUAAUUAAGAGAAAUUCAUGUGGUAAUAUAGGAUAAAUAUAAUUGAUUAGCAAUUGCCUUAAAGAUAGCCAGAGAAUGCAGAGAUAUUAUGGGAGGAAAUGGCAUUAGUGAUGAAUAUUAAGUGAUUAGACAUAUGGUCAAUUUAGAGACUGUGAAUACUUAUGAAGGAGCAUCAGAUAUUCAUGCUUUAAUUUUGGGUAGAGGAAUAACAGGAAUCUAAGCUUUUAGUAGGGCAUUGUGAG